AUGUGGACCGAUUCUAGUAUAACGUUACAUUGGAUUAGAAGUGAUGUGAAAAGGUGGAAGCCAUUCGUUCAGAACAGAGUGAAGGAAAUACAGAAGAAUUCAGAGGUCUUGAACUGGAGAUAUACGCCUGGUGAACAUAAUCCAGCUGAUUUACUAACGAGAGGUGAAAAUGUCAAACAUCUGAAGCAGAAUAGCAUAUGGUGGGAAGGGCCCACGUGGAUGAAAGAAGAAAUGGAACACUGGCCAAAACCGACUUUAUGUUCCACAAAGAACAUUGAAGAUUCCAACAAGGAACUAAGAAAAACAUCAAAGGAAGUUUUCGUAAAUGCAUGCGUUACCGAACCUUCCGAAGAUUUAUUUAAAACCCAAAAUUACAGCAAUUUACACAGAAUUUACCGAAUUACUGCAUGGUGCUUAAGGUUCAUCAACAAUGUUAAAAAUACCUCGAAAUUAUCAGGAUGUUUGCAGGUUACCGAAUUGGAAAUGGCAGAAACGUAUUGGAUCAAACGUGUUCAGGAGCGAAAUUUUACAAAUGAAAUACGGGCAUUGAAGAACAACGAUGAAUUAAGUUCAGAAUCAAAACUAAGGUCCCUCAAUCCAUUUGUAGACGAAAGUGGUGUAAUUCGUGUUGGUGGACGAUUAGAAAAUUCAAAUUUGGAUUACAAACAAGCACAUCCAAUCGUGUUGCCUGACAAAUAUCAUUUGACUGAUCUAAUUAUUCUUCACAGUCAUCAGGUGGUAGGGCACGGAGGAAUAGCAGAUACUUUAAAUCAGAUAAGAGAUAAAUUUUGGUUGCUGAAGGCUUGUCGAAAAAUUAAAAGUGUUCUGUACAAUUGCAAUGUCUGCAAAAUAUUUCGAACUAAACCUGUCAUACAAGAUAUGGCACCUCUCCCACCAGACAGAUGCCGAGAAGCCUUUCCGUUUGAGAACUCCGGAAUAGAUUACGCGGGUCCACUGUAUGUCAAAAGUGGAAGAGAAUUAUCUAAGACAUACGUCUUACUGUUUACCUGUGCUGUAACUAGAGCCGUGCAUUUAGAACUUACGGCUGACCUUUCCACAGCAAAAAUUUUGCUUGCAUUUAGACGGUUCAUAGUGAGAAGAGGUUUGUGCCGAAUAGUGUACACCGAUAACGCCAAAACCUUUAAAAGAGCGAAAAAAGAAUUAGAACUAUUGAACGAGGUGAUGAAAAGCAAUGAAGUUCAAGACGAGUUCUCUAAGCAAGGAAUCAAAUGGAAAUUUAUAGUUGAGAGGGAGGCAUGGUGGGGAGGCUUUUGGGAGCGUAUGGUUCAGUCUGUUAAAGCUCUUCUAAAGAGAAUCUUAGGCAAAUCAUCCUUGACAUUCAGGGAAUUAGAGACAGUCGUAACAGAAGUGGAAGCUAUAUUAAACUCCAGAUCUUUAACAUUUACAUACUCGGAUCUAGGAGAGCCAGAAUCUUUGACCCCUGGUCACUUCUUAAUAGGAAGACGAUUACUAUCAUUGCCACAAGGAAUCUCUAAAUUAACUUCAACAAAGGAGAGUCUUACACGUCGAUUUAGACAUCAACAGAUGCUGGUAGAAAGAAUCUGGCGAAAAUGGAGGCAGGAUUAUUUGAUGAAUUUAAAAUCUGCUCAUCAUUCCAAACUGGCGAAAACACUAACCUGUUUGAAGAAAGGAACUAUUGUAUUAGUGCAUGAAGAUAAAAUUCCAAGGCUGAUCAUAAUGGGAGUCUUUCCUAUGAGAGAUGUCAAGGUGAGAGCAUGUGCUGUCCGCUUGCCCAAUGGGCAUACGAUUAAAAGACCAGUGCAAUUACUAUAUCCAGUGGAGCUGGAAUAUUUGCAGAUAAGAGUCCCUGAGAAGAAUGCAUCCAGUGGCCCUGGCCGAACCCAUUGGAACAAG